AUGGCUUAUCUCAGUUGGGCUAUCAUCCUGCUGGCAGGCUUGACCUGCACUAAUGCUCUCGGCAAACGAAUCAGCCUUCUAGAACGCCCUAGCACGGUCCAAGUCGAAUUCCGCAUUUAUAACGGUUGGUCUCAACAGUGCAUGGGUAAUGUGAUUACUAGCUAUGUCAUGUUGUCUGCUGCCACUUGCUUCGAGAAUGCCAGCUACGACUACCGCCGUAUCCGUGCUGGAACUGAAGUCCGUGGUACUGGCGGUUGGGUCUUUGAAAUCAACAGCAUUCGCGACCACCCCACCUUCGGCGUCAAUAGCUAUGGUGCAGAUCUUGCUCUAAUUAGAGUGCAAUCUUAUUUCCCACCUGGACCACUAAUUACUCCCGUUGCCAUCGCUUAUCAAGGCCACCAUCUUAUACCACAACAGACCGUAGACCUUGUUGGUUGGGGAAGUACUGCGGAGGGUAAUCUACUUAGUAACAACUACCUCUACAGUCUUAACCUCGUAGUAAGGAGUUACUCCGAUUGCCAGAGACUGCACGGAUCUCGCGUCAUUACAUCAAACAUGCUCUGCGUUGGUCUUAGCACUUACGGAGGCCGUGAUUGGGACCAAAGAGAUGCGGGAGCUCCUCUCUUCUAUGGUAAUGCAUUAGUUGGCAUAGUCUCCUUCGGUGUUCCCCACGGUCAGGACGCAAGCCCGAUAGUGGCCACGUCCAUCGGUUCAUACUCCGAUUGGAUCCGUUUAUAUGCUUCUGGAUGGGAAAUCAAGCCUGAUGUAAAUCUGAAGUUUGGAAAUGUCGUCGGUACCUUUAAACCAGUAGGACCAGACUAUAGACAGCUUCUUUUCAAGCGACUAGACUACUUAUGCAACAAGCCAAAGAAAAAUAAGAUUGAUAUUGCAUUGCUGCUGUUGCAACUACAGAAGGACAAAGUUGCUUUUAUGCUGUGCAAAGAGUUCUUUUAUAUGGUGUACCGUGGUGGGGCUCCCGUAGAGCCCGACCUUAUGGAGGACAUUUGA